AUGAUGGCGUUGAGACUGGAGAAGCCUCCUAUUAUCUCUUCUGAUCUUGAUAAAGGAAAAGGAAUAGUUUUUGGAUAUGAAGAUAAUAGGAAGGGUUAUUUAGAAGAAGGGAUGGUAAAAGAAGACAAAGUGCUUAAAGCGGCCAUUGAUUGUGGCAAUGCUAACUCGAGGAAGCCUGUUUUUGAUGGAUUUCAAUCUGAUGGUGUGAAUGGUCUCUCUAUGUGUGAUACUCAAUCCUUCUAUGAUUAUCCUACGGGUUAUAGAAUUGGCUUGUCUGAAGCUAGUUCUUCCGGGAAAUCUAGAAGAAAGGGUAAACCUAGAUUGAGGCCUCACAUCAAUAAAAGAAGACUCAAAGGCUAG